AUGUAUUCAUCACCGCCAUCCAGCAUCAGAGAGGUCGAAAAUUCCUUCCCCGAUAAAGGUCUGGAAGCAACCCUGAAUCUCCACCAGGCAUAUAUAGAAGCCGGGUUGACCAUCGAGGAUUCGGAUUUCCUUGCCAACUUUUCAGAUGAGAGAAGAAGGAAAUGUAUUCGAAAGGUUGAUUGGCGUCUCUGCUCCGUGUUGAUGAUUCUCUAUCUUUGUUCCUACAUUGACCGAGCAAACAUUGGAAACGCCAAAAUUGAAGGCCUACUGCCCGAUUUGAACAUGUCUGGCACCCAGUAUAAUAUUGCUCUGGCAAUCUUCUUUGUCCCUUACGUGCUUUGUGAGGUUCCUAGCAAUAUUCUGCUGGGAAAAUUCAAGAAGCCAUCUGUUUAUUUGGGAUUAUUGACAUUUACAUGGGGCACCGUUAUAACCCUCACGGGGCUCGUUCAAAGCUUUUCUGCCCUUUGUGCAACUCGCUUCCUCCUAGGCAUUUUUGAAGCCGGAUUCUUCCCCGGAGCUGUUUGGCUUGUUUCUCGAUGGUAUUUGCAGCAUGAAACCCAAACCAGACUUGCACUUUUCUACACUGCAAGUUCACUAUCUGGUGCAUUCUCUGGACUCCUCGCAUUCGGUCUCACAAAAAUGGAUGGUAUAGGAGGCUAUGCUGGCUGGAGGUGGAUCUUCAUCGUUGAAGGAGCCGCAUCGGUGCUCCUGGCAUUUGUCUGCUUUUUCUGUCUCGUGGACUCACCACAGCUGUCCACCAAAUGGCUUGAACCUGAUGAGAUUCGGUAUUUGUUAUUGAGGAAACAAGCCGAGAGAGGCCGUAUCGUGGUCGACGAAAAUGCGGACAAAUUUGACUGGAAAACAUUGUUCAGUGUCUUUAAGGAUUCGCACCUUUACCUGCAAGUCCUCAAUAUCUGGUCUAACACGGUUCCCAAUUACGGGCUAAAGUUUUCUCUUCCCCAGAUUAUCACCAAUAUGGGAUAUACUGCUGCGAAUGCUCAACUGCUCUCGAUUCCGCCAUAUAUCGCUGGCGCGAUAUCAGCAUACCUAUUUGCACUCCUUGCUGACAAAUUGAGAUGGCGUAUGCCGAUCAUUGUUAUCAGUCAAUUGUUGGUGAUUAUUGCAUUUGCGGUUCUCUUCUCGCUAGCCGAAAGUAUCCAGGAUAAUAUUGCGGCUUGCUAUUUCGCAGUGAUUCUCGCUUGCAUUGGCCUAUACCCGAUCAUCCCCGGAACCAACGCGUGGACAUCCAACAAUCUUGCCGGACUAAGAAAGCAAUCCAUGGGCAUCGCCUUCAUGCUAAGCCUUGGUAACGCAGGCGGCCUCGUGGGUUCAUUUAUAUACCUUGAGCGUGAAGCCCCAAUGUAUCCCACCGGAUUUGGAAGCUCUUUUGCGUUUGCCGCGGCAGGCGUAGCGGCAAGUAUCAUCCUGGAGGUCAAGCUCUGGUAUACCAAUAAACGGAACGCGGAAAUGAGCAGAGAAGAAAUUUACAACAAAUAUACCGAUCAUGAGUUACAGCUGAUGGGUGAUCGUUCGCCUCUGUUCAAGUACAUACUUUGA